AUGAAUAUAAAUUGCAGAAUAAGCGCUAAAAAGAGUCGAUUCUCUUGCCAAAAGAUCACCUUUAUGGAGUUUCAACGCUUCAAAAGGGAACAUAUCACCAAGACUAUUACACAGAGAAAGAAGAUGGCACAGGUACUCUUUAGUCCAACAGUGACUGAAGAAGCAUCAACUCUGAGCAGCGAAUAUUUACAAAAGUUUUUUCAUCAAGGAUCAUUAUUUCACUCCGUAAACACAAUAGAGUCGUACAAAGAAUCUCCCGUAACUAUAAAAGAUGUGGUACGUAAAGUUGAAAAAAAGAUGAAUAAACCUUUACUUUGUAAAUUGCAUAGCAAUUAUGUUUGCAAUACACAUGAUUUGACAAUUAUUCUUUCCAAACUUAUUCGUGACAAAGAUACAGAAUUUGGAUAUUUGUGCAAGAUAUUGACGCACAUAUAUUCUACUUUCAGCAAUUUUGUGACUACAGAAAAGAUACAUAUUCUCUACUCCAUAUCAUCAAGUAAAUACGCAAAGCUGGACAUUUGCAAAAAAAUUGUGGAAAGGUAUCAUUCAGAAAUUUCCAAUAUAGAUGUCGCGUACUCAAACGCAUCCAAUGUUGCGAAAUUAUACUACGCACUUGUGAGUUAUGGGACUCGAGAUGAAAUGUUGUACAGACGGUUAAAUGAGCAAUUUUACCUAUACUCUACUCAGGGCAUAGACUAUGUUAUCGAUACAUAUUCUGAAAAUGAAUACGAAUUUCAUGAUAGUGAUGACAAAGAAGUAAAUGUGGACAAGAAGGGAAAGAUGGAACGAUUGGGAAUAAAAUCUGCAGAUUCACAUGCAAAUUAUGCAGACAAAAAAAUUAUAUCCCGCGACUUUAGGCUAGUAGCAACAAGUAUGAUUAAGGCGAAAACAUUUUGCUUUGAUGUACUAAAAUUGGCCUCAAACUUUUAUGCAAAAGAGUUGGAAUCUUUAAACAACAUGACGGAUACAGAUCCAUACCAAGUUUACCAAUUGGAUGAAAAAAAGACAAUUGAAUGGGAAAUUAGAGAUCUUAUUACAAUCUUAGAAGCCAAUGAAACCUUUGGAUAUAAUUGUAGAGAGCUACUAGAAACUCUCCACAAGUCCAUAAAUUCCUCCUGUAACAUAUUCGAAUUUGCUGAUAUUCCCAGUCUUGUGGUAAUUGGUAGAAAGUAUGUGACUAAAAGAGGGCACUGGAAAAGAUUUUUGAAGAGCAAGAGUGAGGAUUCGAAAUUUUCGCAACUCUACGAAUUGUAUCGUCCUGACGAGCGAGAAUAUUUUGGAGAUGUCAGAAUAUCUCUAGACCUCAAAAGUGGUCUCAAUAAAGGGAAUAAUUUAUCGAGUGUUGAUAGUUUUAUGGAAACUUGUACAAAGUAUAUAAAGGAUACAGGGUUUAAAGAUUGGAGUAUUAUUUGUAAAAUGUUCGACCUUGUUGACCACCUAAAACGUUUGGAUCUGGUUCCAAUAGUCUACUCUUUAUUCAGGGAAGGAAGUCUCUUGUUUGUAGACUUGAGUAGGGUAAUAAAAUAUCUACAUAAUCUACUGGUACACUUUGAUGAUUGUAAAGAAGAUGAUCUGUCGAUAAUAACAUCUUUGGAUAACUGUGCAAGGCUUUUGAGUUUGUGUAUAGAUGCCGAAAAUGAACGAGAUUAUGUAGACCUCUCCAUAUUUUCUACUUUAUUCAAACUGCAAAAAUUCCUAUGUGCUCAAGAUAGGCAAUCAUUUCUAAAUUCUUGUGGAACAAUUGAUCAUUUAGAUGACGUUAUCACAAAACAUCUAAAUUCUUAUUCGGAGUGUAAACGCAUAUCUUUCACAAAACUACCAGAGGAUCUCGACAUAUUUACAUUUAUGCCUACACCAACUAAUCAUCCAGCAAGAUGUACUAUAGACACAUUUAAAGAAAUUAUAAAGGAAAUACACAAAGACACCAUCGCAGGGAAAAAUGCCGAAAUCUUUAGGUUUGUAACACACAAUACAUUUCUUAAAAUGUCAACUCUCUAG